CGCUGCCCUCCCCUCCGCUCCCCGCCUGUGACGCUGCCCUCCCCUCCGCUCCCCGCCUGUGACGCUGCCCUCUCCUCCUGCCAGGCCUUCUGGUCCCCAGAUGACACGGGCGUGCUGUUUGUGGGCUGGUGGCACACCCCCUUCCGUGUCGGCCUAAAGUACUGCACCAAUAGAAGAUCUGCGCUGUUCUUCGUGGACCUGACCGGAGGAAAAUGUGAAACCCUCUCGUGUGACUCUUCUGCCGUCUUCUCUCCGCGGCUCAGUCCAGACAAGUGUCGCAUUGUGUAUCUGAAGUGCGAGGUGUUCGGCCCCCACCAGCAGUGCUGCCAGAUGCUGAUGUAUGACUGGUACACUAAAGUCACCUCCACCGUGGUGGAUGUCGUUCAGCGAUCCGCAGAUGGGCAGUUCCAGGGCAUUUACACCUCGUUGCUGGCGCCGUUGUGCUGGUCCGCGGACAGUCAGAGAGUCAUCGUGGACACCGCGCUGCGCAGUCGGCAGGUCCUGUUUGUAGUGGACACAAUGACGGGACUGGCGACGGCCCUCCAGUCCAGGGAAUCUUCUCUCGGCAGCUGGAAGUUAAUGGCCAUUGACCGCGACCUCCUCGUUGUCCGAUACUCCAGUCCGAAUUGUCCCCCGACUGUGAAAGUGGGGUUCCUGCCGCCGGCCGGGAGAGAAGCGGACAUCACCUGGGUCUCCUUAGAGGAGGAGAACUCCAUCCCAGACAUAGACUGGAGCUACAAGAGCCACGAACCGCCUCCGGAGCAGGAGAACCCCCAAUAUCCCGGCCUGGACUUUGAAUCCAUCUUCCUGAAGCCACGGGAUGUCCUCCCGGAGAGUCGUCUUCCUCUGGUGGUCUAUCCUCAUGGGGGUCCGCACUCCUUGUUUGUCAGUGAGUGGAUGCUGUUCCCGGCCGUGCUGUGUAAGAUGGGCUUUGCUGUGCAGUUAGUGAAUUACCGGGGGUCCUUAGGAUUCGGGCAGCACAGCGUCUUGUCGCUGUUGGGAAAGGUUGGAGAUCAGGAUGUGAAGGACGUGCAGACGGCCGUGCUGCAGACCCUACAGAUGGAGCCUGUUCACCCUCACAAAGUGGUGCUGUGCGGAGGGUCCCAUGGAGGAUUCCUCUCCUGCCAUCUGAUUGGACAGUACCCCGACUUCUACAAAGCCUGCAUCGUCCGCAAUCCAGUGAUUGACAUCCCUGCCAUGGCCGGCUCCACCGACAUCCCGGACUGGUGCCAUGUAGAGUCCGGCCUCACCUUCUCCUGUGAGGGCCUCCCGGAGGCCAGCACGUGGGGGGACAUGCUGAGCAAAUCCCCCAUCAUCCAUGUCUCUAAGGUGAAGACCCCCGUGCUGCUGAUGCUGGGCGCAGAGGACCGGCGGGUCCCGAAUACUCAGGGCCUGGAGUAUUAUAAAGCGCUGCGAGCUCAUGGGGUGGAGACGAGGUUACUCUGGUAUCCCGGCAACAACCACGCCUUGUCCAAGGUGGACGCUGAGUCGGACGGCUUCAUGAACAUUGCGCUGUGGAUCCUCAGACAUCUCGAAGGCUGAGCUCCCCCAAAUCUGCGGCAUUCAGGACCGCUCCCCCUCCCCCCGCUAUGUGAAGUGAUUGGACAACGCAAGUCUGCCGUACGGAGCGCCAAUGCUUAUAUCUACCGCAGCCUGCCCUCCUCAGCUGUCAUGGGACUACAACUCCCAGCAUCACCGGUCUGUCAGCCUGUACUUUUGCAACAGCUGGAGAGUGAGAGGUGGAGUCCUAGGAGCGAGCCUGUAUGCUAAUCACCCUGGCUCCGCCCACAGCACCACUCCCCCUUCUUCCCUGGACUGCGCGGCGGCAGCAGCUUUGUUCCUUGCGGGACUUUUUUGUCUCGUAUUUUUGUGGCGUUUUCUAACUUUUUUGCAGCAAUAAAACGUCUCCUGCGUC